GCAGUACCUCUGGCUCCUAACGCUCUGCUCUGCAGCCUGCUCCACAGGACCACAGGCCAUGGCGUAUGUCCCCCUGGCUCUCUCCCUCCUUGCGGGGCUCCUGUCUCCGGCUCACGGCUCUAACGACAUCAGCAGAGGUGAAGUGUGCAAAAAUGCUCCCUUUGUCCCGGGACACAAUCUGAUGGGCGAGGGCUACGACAUCGUCACCCUGAAGAGGAAAGGGGCUUACCUGGUCGACAUCAACACCUACAUGACCCCAAAUGGCAAAUGCAAGCUGAUCAAAAACCCUCUCCAUGGAAACCAACUGCAGAAGCUGCCACUCGCUGCAGUAGAUUUCCGAGCUAUUACUCAGUGCCAAUCCUCUAUCAAGCAGACUAUGGAGUCUUCAGUCAGUAAAGUGGUCAGUGCCAUGACUCACCAAGACAGCAGUGACUGGAAGGUGGGGCUGAAGCAGAAAGACUAUGGAGACCUGGAGGUGGGAGGGACACGCUCUGAUGCAUACAACUUUGUAUCAACAAGAGCUAAAGAAGACAAGUUUACUUUUAGUAUCCACCGCUCCUCUUGUAGGCACUACAGAUACCGGGUGUCCAGUACUCCUCCUCUGAGCUCUGAGUUUCGAAAGGACGUGUCCCUGCUGCCCUCCUCAUACAACUCCUUCACCAAGGCCCAGUACAGACGCCUUAUCAGCACCUAUGGCACACACUACAUCCGACAGGCAUAUUUGGGUGGACGAUUCCGACGUGUGACGGCUGUGCGAACCUGUUUGUCCUCCCUCAACGGCUUUUCCUCUUCUAAGGCACAUAGCUGUCUCUCUCUGGGCAUAAACCUGAGCCUGGGCAAGUACAAUGCAUCUGGGACUGGAAACUACAAGAGCUGCCAGAACCUGCUCCAGAACAAGGAUGUGGCCACCUCGUCCAGCACGGGCCUGCACCUGCACCACACAGAGGUGGUGGGGGGCACGGGCUGGGACGGAAAGUUCUCCCUGCCCGUCGACAACUCACAGAAGUACAAGACGUGGCUACAGUCGCUCAAAGACCACCCCGACAUAGUGCAGUACUCGCUCCGACUCAUGUCCGACCUGGUGCCAGACUUAAAGAAGAGACCACAUGUGAACGCCGCCAUUGUAGACUACCUGAAGGAAAACGGCAUCAGUAAAAAAGACGAGAAACCGUGUGGAGUGAACUGUUGUCCCAAAAGGGCGUGGAGUGGAGGAAAACUCAAGAGACUAAAAAGGGCGUGGAGUGGAGGAAAACUCAAGAGACUAAAAAGGGCGUGGAGUGGUCUGCUCACGGUGACUAUAGUCCGGGCCUGGGGACUUAAAGGAGAUGCCAUUGGUAAAACUGAGAGUUAUGUCAAGAUGUGGUAUGGACCGCACUUCCGCCAGACUCGAGUCAUCAAGUCCAAUAACCCAAGAUGGAAUGAACGCUACAAUCUGGGCAGGGUGGACACUCACGCGGACAUGAAGAUCGAGUUGUGGGAUAAGGACCGACGACGUGAUGACCUCCUGAUUUCCUGUAUGCGCUAUCCCACCCAGGGCACCCACCGCAUCGUCUGCAACAGCAGGAAGGGAUGGGUAGAAGUGCGCUACAGGCUAACCUGCGACCAGCAUCUGACCGGGUCACGCUGUAAUAAGUACAAACCCACUCCACACAAAUAAACAGGGAUCACAUUGCAAUCAAACGUUUAAUGUUUGGUAGGGAUGUAAUGAUUAUUAAAGACGCACUAUGUAACUUUCCUUGUGGAGCAUCCACCUGCUUGCCUCCAUGGAAACUAUGUAACUUUUCAUAUAGAGGGUCUGCAUUUAUCCAGUUACAGGUCUUUUCAAAUCUCUUGAUGCAUUCUCACUGUGACCAGGCUCACCUCUUCACAGACAUGACCUGUAACUUGUCCUGGUCAUGUCACUUCCUUUUCUCCACAGACAUAAACAUCUCCAUGGAGAAAGGAAAGUGGUGGACACUCCAUCAGAAAAGCUACAUAGUGCACCUUUAGAAUUUGACCAGCUCAAAUCAAACAUUCUGAGGAAGUUUAUGGUGAUCUAUUAGACGAAAUGAAGAAAAAAAAAAAGAAUUUAAUGUUUUAGAGGGUUUUUUUUUUUUUUAGAAGAAGGUUUCAGUUGUUUAUCCAACAAAAUAUCCUCUUUGAGACCUAAAUGUCCCUGUGUCUCUCACGCUACUACACUUGUUUUUUGUUGCUUUGACUCUUGCUAAUGAUUUAUGUAGUGAUGUGUGCCGUCUAUAAUCAAAAUCAAACCGCUGUGUGUGGACCUCUUCAUGUGCUCUAAAAUGCAGAUUGAUUAUUCAUAAAAAAUAAAAUUACUAAUGU